AUGGGAGAAGAGAAAUCUCUACUUCAAUUCAGUAGUAUUCCUUCGCUCAGGACCUCUGAUUUCGCUCUCACCGAGGAGCCUUCAUGGAGGCUGGAUAACAAGGCGUCCUCAAAUCGACACAGAGGAAACAAAAUAAGCGGUGGCGUAUUUAGCAAUUUCGCAUCCGUAUCGGUAGCGAUUAGGAGAAAUCGGAGGGAAUCUGAGUUUAACAGUGGAAAUGGCGGAGCUUUCGCGUCCGUCUCGGUGGCAGAGAAGGUGAUUCCCAAGGAAGAGGACGAUUUCGCGCCUACUUCGGCUCAGCUCAUGAAAAAUCCGGUCGCUCUUUUGUCAUUUGUACCGAAAGACGCCGCGCUGUUCUUCGCCGGAGCGUUCGCCGGAGCCGCUGCAAAGUCUGUGACGGCACCGCUUGACCGUAUAAAGCUCCUUAUGCAGACACACGGUGUUCGAGCUGGGCAACAAAGUGCUAAGAAGGCUAUUGGUUUCAUAGAGGCGAUUGUUCUUAUUGGAAAGGAGGAAGGAGUUAAAGGGUAUUGGAAAGGAAACCUACCUCAGGUGAUAAGGAUCAUACCUUAUAGCGCGGUCCAGUUGUUUGCAUAUGAAACAUACAAGAAACUCUUUAGAGGAGAGGAUGGUCAAUUGUCUGUUCUCGGAAGGCUCGGUGCUGGUGCUUGUGCUGGCAUGACGUCUACUCUAAUUACAUACCCUUUAGAUGUGCUCAGGUUGAGAUUAGCUGUUGAACCAGGUUAUCGAACCAUGUCUCAGGUUGCCUUGAACAUGCUGAGGGAGGAAGGACUUGCAUCAUUCUAUAACGGUCUCGGUCCUUCGCUUUUAAGUAUAGCUCCUUACAUUGCCCUCAACUUCUGCGUCUUUGAUCUGGUAAAGAAAUCUUUGCCAGAGAAGUAUCAAAAGAAGACACAGUCAUCUUUGUUAACAGCAGUAGUCGCAGCUGCGAUUGCUACCGGUACUUGCUAUCCCUUGGAUACCAUUAGAAGACAGAUGCAAUUGAAGGGUACUCCAUAUAAAUCCGUAUUCGACGCUUUCUCAGGUAUCAUUGAGCGUGAAGGAGUGAUUGGCUUGUACCGUGGCUUUGUCCCCAAUGCCCUUAAAAGCAUGCCAAACAGCAGUAUUAAGCUGACAACAUUCGACAUCGUCAAGAAAAUGAUUGCGGCAAGUGAGAAGGAGUUCCAAAGAAUCGCUGAUGAUAAUCGCAAGAAAGCAAGCUCUAACACAACCGAUGAAUAA